UGAGAAAUGUUUAGAAGGUACGAGAAAAACUUCCCUCCUUGGCAAAGGCGCUGUCUCUCUCUCGGGGAAACUCUAGAAGAUGACGAAGUUCAUUUACAUACACUCCUCUCCUUCAAUCUCCUUCUCCCACCUUCUAAAGUCUUCUGCUUCUGCGUCUCUCCGUAUCUUUCUCUAUAUCUUCCUCUCUGCAACAUUCAAGAACCCUAAAAGCUUCCAAUUUUCAUCUUCUUCAACGGUCCCUUGGGAACUUCUGCCCUUUGGUCAGUUGCAGGGAUGGCUGAGCCCGCAUACACCGUUGCAUCAGAGAGCGAAACCACGGGGGAGGAGAAAUCGUCCCCCGCACUGCCCGAGAUUGCUGUCGGGAUCGACAUCGGUACUUCUCAGUGCAGUAUCGCAGUGUGGAAUGGUUCUCAAGUUGAGCUCUUAAGGAACACGAGAAACCAGAAGCUGAUCCGAUCUUUUGUCACUUUCAAAAACGAGGUCCCCUCGGGUGGUGUCAGCAACCAAUUAGCCCAUGAGCACGAGAUGUUAUCAGGGGCUGCUAUCUUUAACAUGAAACGCCUCGUUGGUCGUGCUGACACUGAUCCGGUGGUUCAUGCGAGCAAAAGUCUCCCCUUUCUGGUUCAAACUUUGAACAUCGGAGUCCGACCCUUUAUUGCAGCCUUGGUGAAUAACGCAUGGAGGUCUACCACACCCGAGGAAGUCCUGGCGAUAUUCCUUGUGGAACUACGGGCCAUGGCAGAAACCCGACUGAAACGACCUGUGAGGAAUGUGGUUCUCACGGUUCCUGCUUCGUUCAGCAGGUUCCAGCUAACUCGGAUUGAGCGGGCCUGUGCCAUGGCUGGCCUACAUGUCCUUCGGCUAAUGCCUGAACCAACUGCGGUGGCAUUAUUAUACGCGCAACAACAGCAGCAAACCACGCACGACAAAAUGGGCAGCGGGAGCGAGAGAAUUGCUGUGAUAUUCAACAUGGGUGCUGGGUAUUGUGACGUUGCGGUAACCGCAACAGCCGGAGGAGUUUCGCAGAUCAAAACAUUGGCGGGCAGUCCGACGGGAGGAGAAGACAUCCUACAGAACACGAUGCGCCAUCUCUUGCCAAAUUGGGAGACCUUGAUGUCUUCUCACGGGGUGAAGGAGAUACAGUCUAUGGGGCUGCUUCGUGUAGCCACCCAGGAUGCAAUCCACAGGCUCUCGGGUCAAGAAAGUGUGCAAAUAGACGUGGACUUGGGAAACGGGACCAGAAUUUGCAAGGUUCUCGAGAGACGGGAGUUCGAGGAAGUGAACCGGAAGAUCUUUGAGAAAUGCGAGGGCCUUCUAGUGCAGUGCCUGAAGGAGGCAAGGAUGGAGGCAGACGAUGUUGCUGAUGCGAUAAUCGUUGGAGGAUGUUCAUAUAUACCGAAGAUUAGAGAAAUCGUCAAGAGGGUUUGCAAAAAGGAGGAACUUUACGGAGGGAUGAACCCGCUAGAAGCCGCUGUAAGAGGAGCCGCACUGGAAGGUGCUGUGACAUCAGGCAUUAACGACCCGCUUGGGACAUUAGAUCUCCUAACCAUCCAAGCCACGCCUCUAGCCGUCGGGAUAAGAGCAAACGACAAUAAAUUCAUACCCAUAAUUUCCCGCAACACGAUGGUCCCGGCAAGAAAAGAUCUCCUCUUUACAACAGUCCACGACAACCAGACCGAAGCUCUGAUCAUUGUCUACGAGGGAGAAGGCGAGACCGUGGAAGAGAACCAUCUUCUCGGGUAUUUCAAGAUCAUUGGAAUUCCGCCGUCGCCAAAGGGUGUCCCAGAGAUCAACGUGUGUAUGGACAUAGACGCAUCCAACGCUCUCCGCGUGUUUGCAGCCGUGGUGAUGCCGGGCUCGCAAACUCCGGUGGUUCCGGUCAUCGAGGUGAGGAUGCCGACCGUGGACAACGGUCACGGCUGGUGCGCUGAGGCUCUGAACGUCAAGUACGGAUCCACUCUCGACCUGAUCACUGUUCAGAAGAAGAUGUAAGCCGUGGAAGAGUGGUCGCGUUCUGUGUAUGUUGUGUACGGAGAGUUGUAAGAGAAACAGUGUGAUCUCUGUAAUUAGAUGAACUGAAUAAGUAAAAAUAUGGGUUUUGUUCCAUUUUUCGUUA